AUGCAAAGCGAUUCCCAGCUCUGUCAGUCAUGCCCAAUCCUGGCGACAGUUCCCAUCAGCGAUGCUAUCCUUCAGGAGGUCUAUUCCUCCGAUCAGGCAAUGUACCCGGUCAACCUUCCCUACUCUCGUCUGCACUCCUGGGUCGCGGCAACAACUCCCUCGCUCUCAAUGAGCUUCGUCUUCCAGGAUCCACAUGCCUCCUCGGCAAGUGCUAUGUCCUGUUCAGACCUAGCAGAGUCGGGUUGCACAAACCCAUCCACAGACUCAAACCCAGACCCAUCCUCGGAGCUCACCGGCUCUAGUGCCUCUUUUACUUCCGCCGCCGUCCAGAGCUCAGAUGGCAAGAUCGCGGUAGCAGGAGUGAUCAUUGUCCUCCCCCUACUAAAACAUCACUGGCUGGAUCUACUCCAAGGCAAGCUGAAAGAGUCAGAGAUCGAUCCUGUGACCAUGUUUCCCAAGGAACAGGAGAGAGCUGAACAAGUUGAGGUGGGAUUGCACGUUUACCACAUUGAGCGGUUUGCUGUGCCUAGAAGGGAGAAGCAGGAUUGGAAGAGUGCGCUAAAAGGGAAGAAGUUUGCAGAGUUUGCAUUGGAUGAGGUGAUGGGGAGGGUUGAGAGGGAGAAAAGGAGGUGGAGGGUUUUGGGGCAGUCAGCUUUGACUGCUACACAGAACGGACAAAGAGCGUUUCGAAGACUGGGUUUUGUGCCAACUGGCUAUCGCGAGUUCUUUGUUGAGAAGGGCAGUGAAAACGGGAAGAAAAUGUUUGACAUGAUUUGUACUUAUGUGGAGGAUGAUAUGUUUGAAGAUCUCAAAGGCAGCGACAAAUCCGUUGUAUUGAGAUCUGAAAUGACGGUAAAAUACAGUGCGAACUGA